CAGCUACUGCGAGUCUGCGACUCCUCACAUUCUCGCUUCUCGACCCUCACGCGUCCCAAGCCGCCUCCUCUCCCGGUCCUACGCUCCUCCAACCUGUCUUUCGGGCCUGUAGCUCCCGUCAACAACACUCCUGCCUCGGAGCUUGCCUCGCAUCCACGAGCUUCCCUGUCUCUGUUACCGAAAUCUUUCCUGUCAUCCAACAUCACUCGUCUCCCCUUGGUCACCUUCAUAUCUCGAUACAGACAUCCCAUAUCCGCACGUCGGAUACCUCCUCACCAGCGACGUCUGCCUAAAUGCCUACCCCAUAACAAAGCAUCCCUCACCGAAAUCACCCAUUGCCUCGUGGCAGAGGGGCCCAUAUGGGCAUUCCUAGCCGUCACCUCGAGCCUGAUGGGCGCUCGUAACAAGGGUUCUUCUCGGAGAAUUGUCAUUGUACGAUUCAAGUUACUGGGCAGUUACGAACUCAAAUAG